UGUUAUCAUGAUAUUUACUUAUUUAAUUAAGCUUAAUGGAUCUUGGUUUUAGUUGAGUUAGCUGAAAAAGAUCUAUAAAUUGCGGUGGAACCUUUGAGUCUAGGCUAGCUCAUUAGCUUCUGUUUCGAUUUCAGAUAGCGUUUGCUGUUGUGUUGGUAACCUAAUUGCCGGAAAAUUCUAGCGUUGAAGUUGAAGUUCUCUGAAUUGGAGAAAACUGGGUUCGUUUUGAAAUGGCAGAACAGAGUUUCGCAUCGGCUGCUAAUUUUUCCCAUUCACUCACAAGUCACUAUGUACAAACAGCCGAAGAAGCUAACUCUGCAAUAUCACCAGUGAGCGUCUUCAUAUGCAUGUCCAUGCUUAAACACGGCGCCACCGGCAAAACCAAAACAGAGCUGGAGAAAUCCUUGUCGAUUAAUUCGAAAAACGAAAAUCAAGACGCUCAACAUGUGAUCAGAAAGUUGACAGAAUCAUCAAAUGAUUUGUUCACGCUAACAACGGCAAAUGGACUCUUUCUUCAAGAGGGAUUCGAACCAGAAACGGCGUUUGUAGAUCACUUGAAAUCGGAGUUCACCGCGCAUGUUGAGAAUGCGAAAUUUGGGUCGCAAGAGGGCGAGAAAAUAGUGAAUGACUGGGUAAAAAAAGAGACUAAUGGAAAAAUAAAAGAUUUGAUAAAAGACACAACUGAAGAUCACGUGAUGGCGCUAGUGAAUGCGGUGUACAUGAAGGGAAAAUGGGCGAAGCCUUUCGAGAAAGAGGAUACCGAUGAAGGAGAGUUCAAUCUUCUAUCUGGAGAGAAGGUAAAUGUGCAGCUAAUGAAGCAAAUCGGAAGUUUUGCAUACGUCAAAAGUGGCAAAUUUGUCAUGGCCUUUUUGCCUUACAAAAGUGCCUCUAGCGACACAGCUUGGGAAAUGGGCAUACUUUUACCCGAACAGGGUUUGAAACCAACCGAUUUCCUCAAAUUUUUGCAACGUGAUCAGUUGAAGGGCUUGAGGUCAAAAGCCAAGUUGGAAAGACUGGAUGUCAUCUUGCCGAAGUGUAGAGUGGAAUGCACCAUUGAUCUAAUUCCGAUUUUUAAGAAAUUAGGAGUAAAAGCUGCUUUCACGCCGGGUGCUGACUUCUCGGGAAUUAGUGCAAAUGAGUCUACCAUGGUUAGUUCGAUUCUGCAGAAGUGCUUUGUGGACAUAGAUGAAGAGGGGACGGAAGCAGCAGCUGCAACAGCUGUGAUGAUGAUGCUCAGCUGUGCAGUUGGGGGCAUAGACGAGCCCCCCAUCACCUUCCACGUCACCUGCCCUCAUGUAUACUUCAUAUACCAGCCAUCCACGGGGAUAGUGUUGUUCAAUGGGGUUGUUACUGACCCCACUGUUGGACAUUGAGUCUGCGUCCCACUGCUGACUUUUUGAGAUCAGUUGGAUAGCUUUUGCUUUAGUUUCGACGGCGAAACUGUUGUACUUUUUACUGCACAAGCGGUUUUGAACAGUUUACUUCGCCUGUUGAAUUGAUAAAUAAUAUGUUUUUUUUGCAGUUAUUUCCAUGAAAAAAAUGAUGCAAAUAUUCAAAAAAUCUAACAUAUCGAACCAUUAGACAGUGCAACUACUCGUGCUCACUUCAGUGCUAUAAAUUCACUGUUUUUAAAAAUA